CUUGGUUAAAUGUUUUCAACUUGACAUAACGUAUAUUUAAAUAAAUUCUUUUUUAUAUUUUUAAUCAUAAACCGAAAAAAAACACAAUUUAUGAAGUAAGCCACAAUCACUUAUCGGCACUUGGCAACUCUGUUUUCGUUAUCAAAACAAAACACAACAUGAAAUCGCCCUCAAUAUGCUUCGAUGACGUCAGUUUUUGAAGCAUUUUCGGUUAAAACUUUUUUGUAGUUUUAUUUGUGAGCCAAAAAAGAAUGUUUGGAAUCUUUCACUGUCAUUGUUGUUGUUGUUUGUAUAUAUUUAUUUUGGUAGUUCAUAAUGUUUUCUCCCAUUGAAGAAUCUAAAAAGCUAUCUGCUACAAAACAAACGUCGCCGCUGCAUUUAAUUGAGAAUGUCGAAGUUGAACGGACGCGUUUUUUAAGCUUUUAGAAAUGUUUUAUAAAUUUAUUUAAAAAUAAUUAAAUAAGAAACUUACCAAAGUGAUAUUUUAUUCGUAACGAAAGUGAUUUUUAAAUAUAAAAAAAUAUAAUUUGUAUAAUUAUAUUAUAUAAAUUAAUAACAAAUUCACCGUAAGAAUGCCGUCGACUUGUGUUUUUGAAUUUGAUCGACCGGACCCCGUUUACUACAGUGGAGAAACAAUAAAUGGACGCAUUCAAUUGCAUACCACAACUGUGAAGUCUGUUAAAGAGGUCUAUAUACUUUUCAAAGGUGAGGCUUCAGUCCGUUGGGAGGAACGCCGAUCACGAAGAUCAAAUAAUAGAACAGAACAUUACACGGAAUAUUUUCGUGCUAAUGAAAGCUACUUAAAUACGCGAACCAGAGUAUUUCCGCCUGGCGAGCUUCCACCAGGCACACAUACAUAUACAUUCUGCAUACCACUCCCGCCAGCAUGUCCAACAUCUUGUACUGAAAAAUAUGGACAUAUUUCCUAUGAAAUAUCAUUAGUACUUAAUAGACCAUUUCGUUUUGAUAAUGUGUUCAAACAACCACUGACUGUGCUGAAACAGUUCGAUCUUAAUUAUUUUCCAGAUGCAUUGAUACCUUUAAAAAGUGAAGACAUCAAAUAUUUUUGCUGUUGGCCAUGUUCUUCGGGUCCUUUGAUAUCAGUACUUACAUUACCAUUUGGAGGGUAUGCACCUGGACAAUCUAUAAAAUAUAAAUUAGAAAUAGAUAAUCAGUCCAGCGGCUAUGAUUUAGAUGGUAUAGAGCUGCAACUAAAACAAGUCUACACUUUCAUAGCCCAUUCACCUCGCUAUAAAACACGUGAGCACACCAACACUUUGACAGAAGAUACACAGGCAAAUCGAUGUUUACGCUUCUCGAAACGUGUAAUUGAGGGUAGUCUGGUCAUACCGCCAGUACCACCUACUAUGACAGAUGGCGGUAUUAUUAGUGUUCGUUACUAUUUCGAGAUGUUCAUUAAGACCGGUGAUUGUCACACGGAUUCAGAAGUAAGGUUACCAAUUAUUAUAGGUACAGUUCCACUAGCACAAAGUGCCACAAAUCCUGCUAACGCUGCUGCUAUGAAUUUACCUACUGCACCUUACAUUGAUAUACCGGCAGGCAAUAGUCCCGAUCUACCUCCAAGCUAUGAUUUCUAUAAACCACCCUCAUUUGAACAAGCUACUAAUAUUGGUGAAAAGUUUAAAGAUCCUGAAGCUGACGAAUAUAAUCGUACAGACGAUUUCAUACCAAAAUAUCCUAUGUAUACAAAUUUUUCUGAGCCAACUGCGCCACCAUCUGGAGACAAUGUUGAUGCACCACAAAGUGCUCCACUUUUGCAAUCUCAGCAGCAAAGUAUUCUGCCUCCUCCUUAUCCUGUCACACCGCCAACUGAAAUUACCAUGCCACCAUAUCCAGUGAAUGGUGGUAAUAUGCCAUCUACAUCAAGUAAUGGUAAUGACGGGUAUGGUUGGAGAACUUAAAGUUUUAGCUCAACUUAUAUCUUCUAUGCUUGAAGUUAGCUUUAAAAUAAUCUCUGAUUUAUUUUAUUUUAAAUCUAAUACAUUAAUUAUUGUUUUAUUUGAUAUGUUUUAAUGCAUUUACCUUAAUUACCAUAUAUAUUAAAAAUAUGUAUAUUUGUAUACUUAAUAUGCCUUUUAAAUGUGCUUUACGUAAACUGUAUACC